AUGACUUCCUCGAGGCCAAUGUCAAUCGCCUCAACCGACGCUACUAUUACUGGUACCUGCUCGGAUUCUGAUUCCAUCGACGAGCGUUCGUCGUUUGAUUACGAUUCCAGCAACAUUUGUUCGCCAGUCGACUAUGAUUCAGUCGACAAGCGGUCUUCGGCUCAUCCCGCCGAUUAUUCCAAUUUUAGCCCAGCGUUCACCCGCGACACCUUUUCGCUCGAAGAAAUACACGACCUGAGAAUCCUGAUUACAGACGAACUCAUCCGCUUCGCCAGGAGCUCCCGCGCCGCCAAUGAAACAGACCGAAUUCAGCGUUUACGGUUGUAUAGCCGUGUCGAAGACCUGUUUUCGACUGCCCGCCCAUGA